AUGUCCCGUCCUGCGAGUUCAUCUACUUCGCCAUACAAUGAGGCCCUUGGGUUCACCUCCGAUCACAAUCAAGGGCCGCCGAGGAAGAAGAUGCGAAAAGGAACAAGGAGUUGUCUGGAGUGCCGGCGGAGGAAGAUCAAAUGCACAUUUGAGCCUGGAAGGCCCGCCGUCUGCAACGAAUGUCAUACGCGUGGCUCCACGUGCAUUGAUCAAGAACAUGGUGAUAUUAACACAUACGUUCAACCUCCCGUAGAGCAGGCUUCGUCGUAUAGCUUGCGAGAACGGGUAUCACAACUGGAAGAUCUUGUGAAACAGGUGCUGGAUCGCUUGCCAGAGAAAGAACCCAACACAUCCUCCAACUCCAAUUCCAAUUCCACCUCCACCUCUACCGCCGAUGCGGAAAAAAGCCAGGUCGAUGCCCAGGCCGCUGAAGUCCUCAAGAGUCUGAAAGGGUCACUGCGACAAGCAGAGGCCAAUGCCGUCGAUGAUUCGAUUUUCCUUCCUGCCGGUAUCCGAGAAGACGCCCCUGCCAUGACCUUGUUCGACAAUGCUGUCAUUACCACGAGGAAAGAGAAUCAGGCCGUGGUGUCGAGGGCUCAGCAUAACAAGACCAAGGCUCUUCUUGCAGCCCUCAAUAAAUUGUUGCCGCCGCCGCACGAUCUCGAUAUCAUCCUAGAAUCGAGCCAUGAGUGGUGGGCAAUCUGGAGGACCAUGUUCCCCGCGAUUACAGACAGCCGGUGUGAAACCAUCAAGGAAUCCGUGUCGCAUUCGCUACGGUCCGACAAGCCAGCCGAACUUGCAAAGAUAAUGCUCUGCAUUGCGAUCAGUAUCCAUCAGUUACCUAUAACUUAUGACUGGUCACGCCUACACAUGAAGGUGGAGCCGGCAGAGCUGAUGGAACGGUACAUUGCCACGGUCGACAAGUUAAUCACCUCGGAUGAUGAGAUCGCCGCGACCUUGGAUGGAAUCGAAUGUAUGAUGCUCGAAGCCAAGUACCAUAUCAACAUGGGCCGACCAAGACGUGCUUGGCUUCUAUUCCAUCGGGCCAUUGGAUUCGCACAACUUCUGGGUUUCCACAGACUACCCGCGCAAGCAGACAAGGCCUCCUUGGACCAUCAACGUUCGGUCGAUAUGUGGUGUCAUCUUGUCCUGGGGGACAGGUAUCUAGCCCUUCUUCUUGGCCUGCCCUAUUCGGUUGCCGAAGCCUUUGUCACACCUCAUUUACCUACAUCGUCUACAGCUCACACUCCAAUAAAGGCCAGCGGUGGCGAGAUCUACGUCGCCCGGAUGCUACCUAUCGUCACCAAACUCAAUGACCGGAAUCAAAGCGUGACUCCUAUGGGUUACUCUGCCACAUUGCGACUGGACCAGGAAUUGGAGGAAUUACACAAUGACGAGGAUCCCUCGUGGUGGUCAGUCGAUCCCAUCCCUGGAGCCUCGGUGGAGGAACACUUUGAUCGAUUACAAGCACAAUUCUUCCAUCAUCAAAUCAGAGUUUUUAUCCAUAUGCCAUUCAUGCUCCGAUCCUCCUCCGAUAAGAGGUACCAAUACUCCCAUUCCGCCGCCCUGGACGGCGCGCGAGAAAUGAUCCGAAUUUACGAUGCACUGCGGACGAACGAGAGCGUGGGGCCAUUCAUUUGCAAACUGGUUGAUUUCCAGUCGUUCACUGCGGCCAUGCUGUUGUUGCUGAAUCUUUGCGGAUAUGCCCAACAACACCGCGGCAACAACGGUCAGGUCCCGGAUCUAGAGCAAGACCAAAGGGACUCGGAGCUGAUCGACCGGACGAUUACAUUGCUGAAACAUGCAGCAAAGGAGCCCGGCGGCGUGGUUGCCGCGCAAUCCGCCCAAGCGCUUGAAAUGCUGGCUCGCGUUCGACAAGGUUGGGAAGACGACGAGACCGGUGGAUGUCGAGGUCAGACGUGCCAAGUCUCCAUCCCCUACUUCGGCACCAUUUCCAUCGGGAUGGGGAAACAGUUCGUGCCCAUCAAGCCAGGAACAUAUGUUCAGAGGACACCUGGUGGCUCGCACAAAAAUCCGACCACGUCAACCGCGGCGCCCUGUGGAAUGCCUAAUGUCGGGCUUCCCACUCCUCCAUCCAUGUCAUCAUGCAGCACCCAACCAUCACCCUUAUCAUCGGCGAUCGACAAUUUACAUUCUCAGCCCUCGCUUCCGCAAACCCAGCGAGCACCCGUCUACGAACCCACCAGCUACAUAGCCUCGGGACUGGAGAAUUCGUGGCCUGAAUCCGAUGACCCGUUUGUCACCUUCGACAGCUUCAUGUCAUUCCCCGCGGGAGCCACCGAUCUCCCUUCGGCCGGAGCCACCAGCUCGUCUGGCUUUACACCGCAGCAAACAUCACAGAGCCCGCAUACCGGUGUAACGCACGACCCGACGAACGCUGGCGGCGUUCCUGGCGGAUUCGACAAUCUUGGACAAGGACAGGGACAACCUCAAGGGUUUCCGUUCGGAAGUCUGCCGUUCGGCCAUAUCCCCGUCGACCUCGACCAAGGCUGGAACUGGUUUGGGGUGAAUGCACCUAAUUUUUGA